AAAAAGAAGCAAUACUCUUAAUCUUCUACGUACACCAUGAAAAGUUUGAUGCAUGCUUCAAAACUGGCCGAAGUUCUGAUUUCUAAUGCGAAAACGGCAAGAAGUUUUCCUUUAUGCAGGGCCUUUGUUUCUGCUUCACCAAGGCCCUUACAAGGAAAGAAGGAAGCGGAGCAAUGCCAAAACGUGAAGGAAGCAGCGGACGCAGUGAAAGACGCAGCCAAACAGGUGAAGGAGACCACUGAGUUCGUCAGAGACGUUGCUGCUUCUACGGCCGAAAGUGUGACCAAAAUGACGAAAGAUGUGACGGAGAAAGUGACGAAAACGGCGGAUACCAUUACGGAUAAAGCCAAAGGCUCCGUCUCCGGCGUUGUGGGAGUCGCCAAGAACGCCACCGAUAUCAUCAAGAACAAGCUCUCCGGCGACUAAUUAACGACUUUAAUCUAUACAUACAUAUAUACGCAUUAUAUAUAUGCAUAUGUUAUAUAUGUUUCAAUUGUAAUUCACAUAAUCGACUGUUGAACCCGUUAUGAAAAAUUCAUGAAAUAGAGUUCAGUUUGCGUAUCCA